AUGCAAGACCAUGGUGGCCAUGGGUCUGGACAUAACAAAAUGCCGUCGUCGAGGCUGUCCGAAGGUCAGAAUCGUGCUGCUGAAGGACAAAACCAUUCGUCGGGAGUCCCUUCAGCACAUUCAUUCGCACCCCAUGCACGUACCUUGGGUGAAGGUAUCCCUGGAUUUCGCACCUCUUUUGACAGUUCUGGUAAAGGAGGCGGCGCGUUCAAACCCAUCAACGAGAACUUCUCAGUCAACCCGGCCAACGGCACUUUGUCAUUUUCCCUGCCCAUUCGCACAUCCCAGAGUCGUGGAGGGUUUGGACCCGAACUUGGGCUCUCGUAUAGCUCCGGAGAGGGCAACGGGCCAUUCGGGUUUGGCUGGAGCGUAUCGUUGCCGUCCAUCCAUCGUAAGACAGCAUUUGGUGUUCCAAGAUACCUGGAUGGUGGCAGUGAUGAAGAUGAUCUGAUCUUCUCGGGAAUGGAUAUUGUUAAGCACCUCAAAAGUGAUGGAACUCCCUACGCUAGAUUGGUGUCCGAAUCUUGGGGCGAGUUUGACGUCACCAUUUAUCGCCCAAGGGUCGACACUGGAGCCACGCGGAUCGAGAGAUGGACACGUAGGGCUGAUUCUUCUGACAUCCAUUGGAGAACCCUAUCCUCGGAAAAUGUCACGUCCAUCUUUGGCGAUUCCGACAGCAGCCGCAUAGUGGACACAUCGGAUGGAAAGAGACGUGUCUACUCCUGGAUGCUGAGCCGUUCUUACGAUGCCUCUGGAAACGCAAUCGAGUACAUUUACAAAGAGGAGGAUGCCAAAGGCGUGGCUGAUGCUGAUGGAUCCCUUCCCACAUGGGAGCAGAACCGCUCAGAUGAUGCGAGACGCCGCCAGAAGUACAUCAAGUGGAUCAAGUACGGUAACAGGGUGCCCAACCGUGAUCUGUCAACAUGGGAGGCGUCAACGUGGCCUCGAGCCUGGAUGUUCGAGGUAGUGUUUGACUACGGAGAGCAUGAUGAAACUAACCCAAGCACUGUCGAAUCCCGAGGCUGGCCAGUCCGUCAGGAUGCAUUCUCCCAUUCCCUUGCAGGCUUCGAGGUUCGCACAUAUCGGUUGUGCAGACGCAUUCUCAUGUUCCACCACUUUCCUGAGGAGAACCGUCAGCCCGAGAACUUGGUCUCGUCGACAUCUUUGGGAUACGAAGAGUCACCACAACGCUCGGUGCUCACAUCUUUCACCAUGAGCGGCCAUUCCAUGGACAAAAGUACAACCUCUUCUAGCACCCAGUGCAGGUCCGAGAAUUUACCUCAAUUUUCGUUCAUGUAUACCUCCACGCCCAAUCCCAGCAGCUUAGCAGCCAUACAGCCCAAUGUUUUUAACCUGCUCGGGCUGCCGGACUCCAAAUCCCAAGUUCUGGAAUGGCUUGACCUGGACGGUGAAGGCAUGCCCGGUCUUUUGAUGAGAUACGGAGAUGGAACUCUUUGUUACCAGCGCAACUCUGGCCUGAUAUCUUCCUCUCCCUCCGACGAACCGCUGUUCGGCGCCCCUAUUGUAGUUGCACAGCAUCCCAGCAUGGCUGGCGGCACCUUUCAAGACCUCGACAGCAACGGCCACCUCAACUAUGUCCUCCACGAUAAACAGAACCGGCUUCAAGGUUACUACGAGAGAUGCGACUCUGAUACGUGGAGCACCUACUCUGAUUUCCCUGAGACGCCAACAACGGAGACGUGGCAGAAUACCCUGGAGAUCGAUCUAACAGGUGACGGGCUUGCAGAUGUUCUGUGCAUCAAGGACGACUCGCAAGGGUUGGUGUGGCAGCAGAACCUCGGCAAAAAAGGCCUUUCUGGAUACAAACGCACCUACGGCAAGAAGUGCUUUACGUCUCAGCCACGUCUCACUCGCACCUUGGAUGUGCAGACCUACGUUGCCGAUAUGACUGGUACUGGUCUCACGGAUCUGGUUGAGAUAUCCGCAACUUCCGUGACCUACUGGCCCAAUUUCGGGCAUGGUACCUUUGGCCCUGCCGUGGAAAUGGGCAACCCACCUGUGCUUGCUGCUGCGGGCGACUUUGAUCACGCACGGCUUCGACUCAUCGACAUGGACGGCAGCGGCACAACUGAUAUUCUCUACAUUCUCCCUACAGGUGGUGCGGCUCUUUAUUACAACCUCGCUGGAAACUUUUGGAGUGACCGAAUCUUUAUCCCUCAGCUCCCCGGUCUCGCUACCCCUUCUUCUGUGUUUACUCUGGACCUCCUUGGCAAAGGAACAGCUUGCCUGUGCUGGACAAAUGAUACAGUAGGCCAGGCCGACACGAUUCAAUACCUUGAUCUGAUGGGAGACACCAAGCCGCAUCUUCUGCACAGCUAUAGCAACGGUUUGGGCUUGACAAAUUCGGUAACCUACACCCCCUCCACCAAGUUCUAUGUCGACGAUGCGAACCGGGGGCUGCCGUGGUCGACCAAAUUGUCCAGUCCCAUCCAGUGCGUGUCGAAGGUUGAAGCGAGUGACGCCAUUACCGGAAAUUCCAUCUGCACCGAGUACGUUUAUCACAACGGCUGCUACAAUCCGCUUGAGAAACAAUUUGCCGGCUUCGAGAUGGUCGAGGCCUUUCACUCGGAGAAGCUCAUUAUCGGCGACAACGAGAUAUACGAACCCCCGGUCACUCAUACAAAGUCAUGGUUCAGCGUUGGUCUUAGCUUGCAGAUCGAUGGAUCUCGCUUCUUCACCAAGCCUGCGAUCACAUCGAGGGUGAAAGGCCUACGCGACGAAGACGACUAUCCCAAUGAAUGCCUUCACGCACUCACAGGCGUUAGCCUACGCUCUGAGACAUACAGUCUAGACGGAUCAGAUCGCUCUGGGCUACCAUUUCAGAUCCAGGAGACCUCGCACGAGCUCAAGGUGCUUCAGUCGCGAGGCUCCAGCAAGUACUCUGUGGUCCAAGUGUGCCCCCGAGAAACCUACACCACGGAUUUCGAAAGAGACAUGACGGAUCCCCGCAUCACACAUGACAUCACCAUAAAGACCACACAAUAUGGUGACGUCGAGGAGAGCCUACGCAUUGUCUACCCAAGGAAUGCUGAUACCAGCUUUGCCGAUGUCACCAAAAACCAAAGGGCUGGGAACGUUUCGCAUACGCGGUGCUGGUUCACGAACGACGUCGCAGAACCCUACAUCUUCCGCAAACCAGCGACUUGGAAGCAGCAAGAACAUGAGAUCCUCAAUUUCCCCUUCAACGGGAAGGUUUUCGGGAUUGAGGCAGCUCGCCAGUACGACUUCCAGGGGCUACCCAGCUCAAAGUCGACGGGGACAUGGAAAGCUCUGCGGACGGAGAACAGAGCGUAUUACCGAGAUUCUCUUCUUAAGGAACGUCUUGGGGAGGGUAUCCUGCAAGCGUACUCUCUGUUGGAUCAGACCUACACUCUUGCCUUCACGGCAGACACCGUUGCCAAGAUCCAGCUCGGUCUCCAGAAUUGCCAGGUUCCAGGUUCUAUUGAGGACAUACUGGCCGGAGGGAAGUACGUUAAGCUCAGAGAUGAGGGUGACUAUUGGUGGAUCCCAUCUUCUCGAUCCCUCUUCAGCGACCCCAGGGGUGGCGCGGGAACAAGGAAGGAACUCGAGGAAGCCCGGCGAUGCUUUUAUACCCCGUCAUUCUUCGUCGACCCAUUCGGUAACAUAUCCCGAAUCACGAUGGACCGUGACUUUCUCCUGGCUUUCGAGAUCGAAGAUGCAAUCGGCAACAAAAUCUCGUUCGAAAAUGACUACCAGCACCUGCAGCCGGUGAAGAUCGUCGACAUGAAUCUCAAUGCGAAGCAGAUUGUUCUUGAUCCAUUGGGACGGGUUAUCGCCACGGCAAACCUCGGCAAGGGGGCACCAGACGAGGAGGAUGUGGAUGACCUCCAGGAUCUUGCACUGGACGUCAGUGCCAGUGACGUGGACGACAUCCUUCUCGAUCCAACUGGAGAAGUUGCUCGGCGUGCUCUUGGCAAUGCGGAAAGCAGGACGAUUCAUUGCAUCAACAACUUUGCCCUGUGGAAAGCGCGUCAGUCGAACGACACCAUCAUCAAAUCGGGCCAGGUAUCAGCCACAGAAGCCAGCCCUCUCGCGCCGGCGUUUUCCAUUCGGAUCAGCCGCGAUCUUUCCUUCCGCAGAUCAGAAUGUCCCAAGAUCCACAUCACUAUCUCUUACAUGACCGGACUUGGAGCUUCAUUCCAAGAAGCGGAGUUGAGUGAUCCUGAUUCCUUCGAGAAAAAGUGGCAUAUAUCCGGCCUGGUAAUCACAGACAGCCACGGCCAUGCCAUCCGCACCUUUCAGCCUUGCUUUGCCAGCUUGCCGACACCUAUCCCUGCCUCCCGCAUGAAGACGUGUGCUUCAACUACAUUCUUCGAUGCUAUGGGUCGUUCUGUCGCCUCACUAUCUCCAGACGCCACCUGGUCGAAGACUGUGCAUGCUCCUUGGACAAAGACAGACUACACAGCAGGUGACUUGGUCCUCAAGUCUCGACCUCAAGAUGCCGACGUGGGAUACUUCUUUGCCAGAAUUUCGACAGCCAGGUACCAACCAAGCUGGUACGAUGCACACCAGAAUGGCACGGUUCAAGACAAGCGAGCCGCUGCCAAAUCAGCCAUAUUUGCAGAUGCGCCAACGGUGACACACAUCGGCAGCUGCGGUCUGCCCAUUCGGACAAUACGCAAAGCAGGCGGGGAGACGUACACGCGUCGCUUUGUAUAUGAUGUCAACGGAAACAAGACACUUGACAUCGACUCGUACGACCGUGCCGUUACCAAGAUGAUCUACAACAAUCUUGGCCACCUUCUGCAGACAACAGGGAUGGACGAAGGUGAAUCAUGGUCCCUUCAGGAUACCCAAGGCGGGGAUCUCCUCUCAUGGAACUGCCGCGGGUACUCUUUCAAGACUCACUACGACGCCUUGGGCCGGGAGACUAAACGGCUGGCGCAGAAGCAUUCGGAGGCACCCAGUAUCAUUGUCAGAUUCACUUACGGGGAGAGUGUUCCCGACGCCGCGAAGCUCAACCUCAAGGGCCAGGUCAUCAAGGUGGAGGACCAGUCAGGUGUUCGUCAGAGUCUCCGUUUUGACAUCCACGGACAUUGUCUCGAGGAAACGUUUCAGGCAACGCAAGAGUACAAACACGUGGUCGACUGGGCCAGGACUAAUGCUUUGGAGGACACGGUUUAUUCUCAAACUUGGGUGUACAACAAGCUCGGCCAAGUCCUUGAAGAAAAGGACGCCCAGGACAGCCACACACGCAAAUCCUACGAUCGACAAGGGCGCGUUGAGCGUGUGGAGUUCAUGUCCGCCAAAACUGAAGUCUGGACGCCGUAUCUAACAAAGGCAACAUUCGAGGCCGACGGCCUUCCAUCUAGCGUCACCUAUGGUAACGGCGCGGCGACAAACUUCUCUUAUGACGACAAGAGACAUCUUAUCUCUAAGAAAUCCACCCGAAAAUCACGCAAGGGAAGUGAAGUUCUUGAAGACUUCACAUACCACUACGAUUGCGACGGCCGCAAGGUUUUCAUGACCGACAGCUCUGAACAGGCCAGAUACUUCCACGGCAGUUGGGCCAAGCCCGAGUGGGACUACACGUACGAUGUAGCCGGAAGACUAUCCGCUGCCACCGGCAGGGCACAGCUCUCAUCAGCACUCGACUCCGCGUCGAAUCAGCUCAAGUCUCACAGCUCUCUCAAUGGUCUGAACCCCUCCCCUGGCAUCACAGACGGCAACCUCCUCUACCAAUACCGCGAAACAUACCAGUACGACAUCGAAGGCAACAUCCUGCAAAUGAAACACGAGGCCCCAAGCAACCUCGGCGUGAGCGGCUGGGCAAGAAAUUACUUCUACGAAGAACAGAGUCUCCUCAGCAACGACCCGAAAGUCAAAAGCAACCGUCUCAGCAGGACCACUAUUGGCAACAAAGACGAAGUAAGAUAUGCCUACGAGGGCGAUGCUGGUCUUGCCGGGUGCAUGACAACCCUGCCCAAGUUCACCGAGCUCGGCUGGAAUAUGCACAACAUGCUCUCCUUCUCUUCCACUCAGCGCGUCAACCAAGGCACGCCAGAGAGAACUUACUACGUCUACGAUCAUGCUGGAGCUCGUGUGCGCAAGGUAACUGAGUCUACUGCUGGCGUGAGUGGGGAUGCACGCAAGUUGAGGGAUACACUCUAUCUCGGAGGGGUGGAGGUGCAAGCCAAGAGCGAUGGGACAGAGUUGUGGAUUGCCAAGGUCAUGGGAAACGAGACGUUGGCGCUGGUAGAGACGGGGAGCAGUCGGCAGACCCCUUUGGCACGGUACCAGGUUGGAGACAACCUCGAGCUUGAUGAUGAGGCCAACUUGGUGUCGUAUGAGGAAUACUCUCCCUUUGGCAGUGUGGUCUACUCGGCAGUCUAUGUUGAGGUGGAAGCCCCGAGGAAGUACCGACUUGCCCGCUACGAGCAUGACAGAGAGACUGGGUUGUAUCACUGCGGAAAACGAUACUACUGCCCAUGGCUUGGCCGGUGGACGUCUGCGGACCCUGCUGGGACGGUUGAUGGUCCCAAUCUCUACUCGUACGUGCGAAAUGAUCCGGUCAAUUGGGUUGACCCGAAGGGAACCAGCGGCAAGAAGGUAUCGCCAGAGAAGCCGCAAGAUAAGGGAGGCAUCACGGGGGAUCAGCCUGAGAUUAACAGCCGGCAGGUGAUUUUAGGCGACAUCGCGGGCAGCGAGAUAGUGGGCACUCUGGACACACCGGAGAACAUCAAUGCCUUCCGAAAGUUGGUUGAGAACAAGUUGAAGAAGGAAGAAGGUAUUAUAAAAGGCCUGUGGAACAAAUUCUCAGGAAAGAUUGCUCGCAAGGCGGCAGUCAUCGUGCUAGGUACGGCGCUGGAGCUCGUUCCCUUCGCAGGCACGGUGCUGAAGAUGGGGUUGAACGCGGCGCACAGUCUCUACGAGAACAAUGAAAAUGUGAAGGCACACAACAAGGAAUUGGACAAUGCAUUCAAGAACGGGCGUGACAUCGGCGAGUUGAUUUUCAAGAAGCAACACGAAGCAACUGUCGCCCGAAUUAGUGCCAUCAGGGCUACCGACAAGGAGAGAGCAGGCGAGAUGCUCUGGAAGCUGAACACCGAGGGUUUCGCUGGCCUGGAUAAGUAUGAAAGAGACAAUCCUGUGCCCGGGACGAAGGUUGCUGGUGCAGAUGAAGACCCAGGAGCUCGACCUGAUAAGACUGAGAAGGAGGACAUCAAACUGUAUCCCCUUGAUGAAGAGAAGGCAAGAUGGAACUCUUCACCAAAUACAAAUUCCUUUCAAGGCGCCAACCCUCUCGUGCAGAGGCUGCGCGGGGCAGGCCGCUACAAGGGCGGGUUAGAACGCUUCAACCCGGUUAUCAAGACCACGCAGUAG